CGGUCGACAGGUAUCCGAGAAACAGUAGGUUCAAGCAGAGAAUGCUUCAUACUGUCUCCGAUAAAUGAGGACGCUAGAACCAGCACACAUCAUUCGCCUUCUUGGAUUAGCUAUUUGAAAUCAAUAAUUUAAACGUCCACUCAACUGUCGUCCCGAUCGACAUCAUCUAACCCCAGGCAUCACCUAGGUACAGAAUAGUAUAACAAACCACUUUAAUCACUAUGGGUUCCAACUCAGAAACCCCCGCAAUUCCUUGGAUGCGCCUAGGAGAGCUCGACCCUCAGUCGUCUCUCACGCCGCCCCCUGCGCCUUUUCCGCCGGGAAACAGUGCAGCCGACAACGCGAGACAGAGAUUCGCAGUGAAUGGAAAUGCCAUCUUCACCGGCGGCGCCGGCGCUUUAGCACUCACAUCAGCAAGAGCACUGCUCGAGCACGGUCUACAAGGAUUAGCUCUCCUCGACCUAUCCACAUCCCUCACAAGGAGCAAAGAGUAUAUAUCAGCCAUACAGCAUGAUUUCCCCAACGCCAACAUCGUAACUAUACCCUGCAACGUGACCAUCGAAGCAGAAGUCCAAUCCGCAGUUCAAUCAGCCAUAGACUGUCUAGGCGAUCUCCGAAUCUUAUGCUGCUUCGCAGGAAUAGUCAACUGCGUUCCAUCAAUUGACAUGAGCCUAGAAGAUUACAAGAGAAUGCAAGACGUAAACACAACAGGAAGCUGGAUUAUCGCGCAGACUGUUGCCCGACACAUGAUUUCCCGCAAAACAGGCGGUAAAAUUAUCUUCAUCGCCUCUAUCAGCGGUCACCGCGUUAACUACCCCCAGCCUCAGCUAGCAUACAAUGUCUCCAAGGCCGGGAUCUUACAUAUGAAGAAUUGCCUCGCUGCUGAAUGGGCGCAGUAUGGCAUUCACGUUAACUCCAUUUCGCCUGGGUAUAUGGAUACGGUUCUGAACGAGGGCGACCAGCUGUCCGGCCAUCGCGCGGUGUGGGCUGACCGCAAUCCCAUGCGGCGUAUGGGGUCGCCACAGGAGUUGACGGGGCCGGUGGUGCUUUUGUGUAGUGAUGUUGGAGGGAGCUAUAUAAAUGGGGCAGAUAUUGUGGUCGAUGGUGGAGGCCUGGUUUUCUAAUUCUUGGUCUGGUCUUGGGAUACUUACUUAACGGAGUAAUAUCAGGGUUCUAUAGAAUGCUACUACAAUAAAGAUCUGAGAUUGUCAAAA